AUGUACACUUCUUUGUGUCCUAUGCUAGGCUUUGCCUUUUCCAUUCAACCUGGCACGGGUGUGAGCGAAGAGAAAACGGAACCAAGGUCACUCAGUCUUAGUGAUCAGCAAAAUGACACAGAUCCUAAGCAACCAGUACAAAUUGCACCACAACCAGCACAAAUUGCACCACAACCCCAUUGCAAUCAGUCCCUUCAGGAAACAAAGAAGGGUUCUCUUGUGAGACCGGCAUCAUUUCGGCGAUCUACACAACUGAAACCGAACGAUGCUCCAUCGAAAGGGGAUCCAUUCGUUUGUACGGACAAUUCUUCGCUUCCUACAAUGACUGGAAUGGUGUUGCCCCAAGCUGGUAUUCCGAUUCAGCCCGAGAAUCCAUUGUUACCUAGCGUGCAUGAUGAUGGUGAUGAGAGUAAGUCAAGUACGGAUAAACAGCCAGUGACGAAUGCUUCCACUGAAAGCCUGCCUGUUGUGGAGGACGUUUCUGCGCUUCCUACGAUGAACGGAAUGGUGCUGCCUCAAGCGGAGAGCAUGAUUCAGCCAGAGAAUCAAUAUUUUUCAUUCAAACUUAAUGACGACAGUGACGACGACAGUGACGACGACAGUGAAAGCCAACAAAAUGCUGAUCAACAGCCAAUGGCCAAUCCAUCCCCUCAACCCUUGCCCGCCAUGGAGGACGUUUCUGCGCUUCCAACAAUGAACGGAAUGGUUUUGCCCCAGGCGGAGAGCAUGAUUCAGCCAGAGAACCAAUAUUUUUCAUUCAAACUUGACGACGACAGUGACGACGACAGUGAGCCAAGCACUCCUGACCAACCAGCGGCCGAUCCAUCCCCUCAACCCUUGCCCGUUAUGGAGGGCAUUUCCGUCCUCCCCUCCCUCACCCAAACCCACAUUCCCGGAAUGGGCGGCUCCGUCCUCCCCGCCGUCGUUCCGGCCCCCUCGCCCUACCCCCGCCCGGGCCUUCCUCUUCCCACCGCCCCGGUCAUGUCCGCGUCCAUUCUUCCCUCCACCCAGACCAACUCCUACCCCGAAACGCCCUCCAUGAACCGACCAGCGCCUCCCCCGCCCGCCACCGAGUCCAGCGCCGCCCUGCAAUCGACGCUGACCGAUCUGGACAUUCCGUAUCCCCACGUGGCCGAUGAGCUCGACAUUCCCUAUCCCCAUAUUGCGGAUCAGUUGAAGAACAGCGAGGCGAAGCCCAGCGAAGCCCCAGCAAUCAAUAACGGGUUUUCUUUCCCGAAUCCUCCUAUGCUCAAUCACACAAUGCAGCCAAAUAGAGGGAGCGCACAGCCUGGGACGAUUUCUGUGAUUUUGCCACCUUUGACGACGAUAAAUGAAAAUCAGGUCUCCACUCAAGACAAUCUACGUAUUCCUUCUUCGUCAUGUGGGAUUGGCAAUCAGCUGUUAGUUGUAGAUUAUAUGACGACGAGAAACGGAGACACAAUAGCAAGCUGUGUGAAUAGCCUAAAUUCUCUGAGAAGCAAGCUCAGUCAAAUAAACGUGGGUUUUUGUUUCUUAGUUGACGGUUAG